AUUCGAUGCUGUGAUUGUGUGCUCUCUCUCCUUCCUGGAAAGGUUGUUGCGGAAGACAUGGGAUCAGACUAUCCUUGCAGAACUCAGUGACAAAGGGAAAGUCCAUGGAGUCCUUUCAAGACCCUAAUGGUUUCCAGGGAAACCAGCAGAGCUACCAGCAGGUCAGGGCUGACUCGUCGCGAUUGGAGAGCUACCGGCAGCUGCAGCAGAACCGGGUGCCGCAGAACUACGAGCCCCAUGAGAUCGCAUCCAAAGAAUAUUACAACCAACAGGCGUACCCGGGCUAUGGCAGCGGGGCAGCCAGGACUUAUUUUGGUGGUGGUAAACAGCUGGCCAGCCAACAGCCCCAGAGCAGAGCCACCAGCUCGGUGUCGACGUACGCAACCCACCAGAGUGGCGCCUUCUCAAGCCAAUAUCAGAAAGGACAGGCUCAGAAGUGGCAGAGCCAGAAUGCUGCGAUGGAAGGCUUGUCCCAGUACGGGCAAGAGGCCUUCAAGGGAACUAUUCCAUCGAGUGCCAAUGCCUCCUAUCUGCAGCAGCACAUGCACGCAGGCACUGCCAGGAACCCUUCCCACUCCGCCCAGGUGCCUCACUUCAUGCACCAGCCUCACCACAAGCAAAUGCUACAGCACGUUUCCUCCUACGUCAAUAGGUCAGCGCAGUUCAACCACAGCUUCCAGCCGUCGUCCCCAUCCCCAUCCCCUUCCUAUUCGGCAGUGCAGGAUUACAGCCAAGGGUCUCGCUCAUACGAGACCUAUCCCAGCCCCCAGUAUGACAGGCAGAGCGCUGGCACCACUACCAGCAACCCAGCCUACGGGGGACAGGGCAACUAUGGGUACAAGGCACCGGUGGCCAAGGGAACAGGCUAUGAGCAGAGCAAAGCGAUGCAGCUCAAGCAACAUUCUGCCCCCCAGUACCACACUGGGCAAAGCAAACUGCACCUUGUGAACCAGUCUCUGCAAAUCUAUUACCAGCAUGAAGCACCCGUCAAAUCGCCUGAGCAGUUUUACCAGAACUUCAGCCCCCCAUCCAGCCACUCACCUGUCUCUACCGUGGUCAGAUCACCGUCCUACAGCUCCACGCCUUCCCCAUUGAUGUCCAAUCCCGAAGCACUCCAGUUCGGCCAAAAGUCUGAGGCCUCGCCCAUGGCACCUGAAAUGAAAAGCAACGCUGCUCACUUGAUGCCUUCCUCACCAAUGAUCCCAGCCUCCAACAAGCCCCAGGGAGGAGGAAGUUGCAAGGCUUUCCUGAAGGAAAAGAUUCCCGAGAAGCUGCUGUCGGACGCGAGCUUCAGCAGCCUCUAUGCCCUGAGCUCCCAGGUGGAAAAUCUGCCCAAGACGGUGCAGCAACUCCUCCUGUCCAACACCCUGGCUCCUCAGAAGAAGAGCAUUAAGCGUCUGCUGAAGAAGUCAGAGAUGUUAAACGAGCUCAAGAGCUCGGAGGAAAAUCUGUAUUCGGAGGAGCCGCUGGGGACACCUCAGUCGUUGCAGACCGAUUUACAGGAGGACUACUCCAGCGGCUCUGAGGACCAGGCACAGAAAAUGCACUUUCUUCACUGCAGGAACGCUGUGAACCUGGAUGCGCUGAAGAAGAAUCUGGACUCCAUCUUGUCCUGCUCGGUGACCUCCCCCAGCAAGGUCCUAGCCGAGUGCAAAUCGGACGACUCCAUGCACAGCGGGGACGGCUAUCUGGGGUCGGACUUUGAACGGCUGCCCACCGAAGGGCCACCAGUUCCGUUCUCAAAGGAAGAGAUCAAGGCCUCUAGUGUUAUCAUUCUGAAGGACACUUUCAAGGAGAAGGUGGAAGCUGAGGUCAACCAUUUCGGACUGGACAAAGAAGCCAAAGCAGCUCACUUGAAUUUCUACAGCAACGAGUCCUGCUUUGGACACCUGGCUCAUCCAAAAGUAUCUGGUCAGGACGGACAUUCCCUGACUUUGAACUGUAACCAGAUGCCGGUGAAGAGAGAGGACUCGCCGGCACUGAGGAGCUUUGAUGAUGAAGGUUGCUCCGAAUCUCAGCUUCUUUCUAAGCUGGUGGAGUCUUCGCAAGCAUUGCACUCCUUAGCUCCAGGCUACAAAGAUAGCUUUAUCGUCCCAUUCGGUGGGCACCCAUGCUUGCAUUUGACCACUGGGGCACAGGGUUCGGAGAAGCUUUUCAGCUUGCCUAGCAAAAGAGGGAAGGAGCAGUUCACAGACUGGGAUAAGCUGGAGGCUGACUUUCCUCAGUGUCAUCCCCAGAAGAAGUUGCCACAGAGCAAAUUCCAGGGUGGCUACAAAGACGAUUUAGCUCCCGAGCAGCUGGCCCUAGAGAAAGAAGGCAAGACGGAACCCGGGGGAGACUGUAACCAGGGGCCAGUGGCCAACAGGUCAACCAACGAUCUGGCCGCCACUGGAGGAGAGGUGAGAUGUUACAAUGAGGAACUGGAGGAACAGCAAAGAGUGGAUGCAAGUGAGGAGGCGCUGGAAUCCAAGGAAAACCAAGCUCUUCGCGAGGCGAUCGCCAGUGUGGCCGAAAGGAAGUCUGUGAUCUGCGACGUCUCUCCCACCCGGCGCUGUGCCAAGGGCCAGGAGUUGCUGCUGCCCGGUGGCUCUGAGGGAGCGGAGCUGCCCGCUGCCUCCUCGGUCAUACACGCAGGACGGGGGAUCGUGACCGAAUCACCGAUUGGCCCCUCCGGGUGCCCGCAGCAUGCCGAGGAAAACGCAGUGCCACGCGGAGAGGAUGGAGAGGUCUCUCCGGUGGUGCUUGAGAGGGAGAUGGUGGAGAUGGAGGAGGAGGAGGCGGCUUUGCCCACGUUAUCUCCGGAGCUGAUCAGCACUGCCCUGACCGAGAUCGAGAACGCUCCCCUCAAGAGCGCGGCCGGUACCGGCACCGGUAAGGUGGCCGCGAGCAGGUUCAAGAGGCUUCCGGGCAGAGUGGCGGUGCAAGGAGCGGAGGCUGGGAGUAAAGCGCAGCCGCCGCCGCCGGAUGAGAGCGAGCAGAGCCCCCGGGUGGGACCGGGAAAGCCCAAGUGGCCCGGGACGCCCAGGGACAGGACUAAACCGCACAAGGGCGGCCAACAAGAGGGCUUGCCGGUGGGGGGACCGGGGGCCCCCGUGGCGGUGGGGCUGCCCUCAAAGAUGUGCACUCGGUCCUCGGCGGCGCUGAUGGAGAGCAAACUGACGCUGCAAUCCCGGGGCUUCCUCAAGAGGAGGGCGGCCCAGCCCGAGCCACCCACCGCCGGUUCCAAGCACAGGCUCAACCCGGACUCGGAGAGAGGAGGCGGGAGCCCAAGGCAAAGCGCCAGCUCGGCGCUCCGGGCGCCACCGGGUAGUAGGGGCCACCCCAACGCCGCCGCCAACUCGGCCGCCUACACGGGGGGUGACCCGGGCCAACAGGUGGGCGCCCAUCAUCACCACCAACACCACCUCCUCCAACCUCCGCCCCCCGACUCCGGCUCCUACAAACCGGGGGCCCCCAGGGCCAGGACCCGGGCUCAGGCCACGGUGCUGCAGAGAGGGGAGAAGCCGAGAAAGAGCUGCGGCAGCGGAGGAGGCGGCGUCGCGUCCGGCCGCUGCCCGGGCGCCAGGACCGGCUCCUCGGUCGCCGCCAGGUCCCAGCGGCAGCUGUCGGCCGGCGGCGAGGCUGCUUCGGACGGGGAGCGGGUGGCGAGAGCGGGGAGCCUGGCCGCGCUCCACCCGGCGGCCAUCCCGCCGGCUCAGCAGCCGCUCAAGAGGAAAGGUUACUGCCCGCCGCCGCCCGUCCCGGCCAAGCGGCAGCAUCAACAGGCGGCGGCGGCGGCGAAGGGGAGCGAGAGGAGGGCGGACGCCCAGGAGCGCCCGUCACCGGCUCCCGGGGCGGAGAGCCAGGCGGGGGCCCCGGCUGAGGCCGAGGAGGAGGCCCAGCGGGGCCCGGGCUGCGGAGGGCCCGCAGCAGCGCGAUGCCCGGGGAAAGAAGCGACGCCGCCCGUCGCCGCGGCCGUUGCCCUCCGGGUCCCAGGGAAGACCAAGAUCCUACCCCCGAGGAAAGGGCGAGGCCUGAAGCUGGAGGCCAUCGUACAGAAAAUCACCUCACCCAACUCCAAGUCCGGGGUGUUCGCCUGCAGCAACUACUCGGACGGCGGCGGCGGCGGCUGCGGCGGCGGCAGCAGCGCCUGUCUGACACUGGACCAGAUCCUGGCGCUGAAGGAAGCCUCGGGCGACGAGGCGGGUGUCAGGAUGGCGCCGGGCGACGCUCCGGACAACGACACCGUCUUGUCAAAGGCCGAGGCCUCCAAAGCCGCCGCCGCCGCCGCCAUUGAUAUCGAGGAGGCGCGCGGGAAGGUGUCGGCUCCUCACGAAGGAGCGGCCGCUGAGAGCGACGGCGGUCGGGGUGUGACCGCGGAACCCGGCGGCGGCGAUUCUCCGCCGUUCGUUCCCGCUCCCCCGGCGGCGGCGGCGGCGGCGUCGUCGUCAUCUGAUGCCGCUGCUUCGGAGCCGCCGCCUCGCGAGGAGGACGACGCCAUGAGGAGGACGGUGCCCGCCAAAUGUUUGAGGCAGCCGACGAAGCGUGGCGGCGGACACGCCCCGGUCCCGGCUCCGGCCAAGGCCCCGGGCCCGGCGAAGAAGGAAGGGAGAGGCAAGGCGGGCAAGAAGGCGGGCGGCAAAGCCAAGGCCUCGGCCGGAGGAAGGCGCCGGAGGAAGCACCUGAAGGGGAGGAAGAGCAGCGCCAAGGCGGCUCGGAGGCGGAAAGCUCCGGCCAAGAGGAGCGCGGCGCCGCUGGUGGAGACGAAAGAGCCCGAAAUCCGGCUCAAAUACGUCUCGUACAAGGUGCCGAGGCCCGAGAGCAGAGCCCAACCCUUCUCGCCUUACGUCCACGUCCAGCAGAGCGGCGGCGGCGGCGCCGGUGGCGGCGGCUGCGUGUCCUCCUCGGUCUGCGCCAUCAUCAACACCCUGUCCGAGCAGCAGUCGCGGCUGCAGAAGGUGAAGAAGAAAAGGGCCUCGUGUCCUCGCCUCUCGGCGGCGUCGCUCAGCAAAGCGCUGCCCGCCUCCUCGGCCAUGCUGCCGGGCCCCGUGGUGCUGGAGGCGGCCACGCGGGGCCACCUGCUGUGCUGCCUGUGCGGCCGACCCAAGAACCACCGGCAGCUCGGCGACCUGUUCGGCCCUUAUUACCCCGAGGACUACACGCCACCCGCUACCAAGAGCCAUCACCUGAGGGCGAGGCAGGAGGCCAGGAGCGGCGGCGGCGGCGGCGGGAACGGGGGCCCCGAGGCGGCGGGCUCCGUCCAAACCAAGUCCGCCGACUGGGAGAGCGAGAGGAGCGCGGGGACGGACCCGCCGCCCCCGCCCCCGCCGCCGGUCCCACCGACGACGACGACGCCGCCGCCGCGGUUGGAGAAGGCCGGCGAGGCCGAGGACCCGCACGCCGCCGCCGUCAGGACCAGCUCCAGGGAGAAGUGCAAGCGGCUGAGCUGCUACUGCUGCGCCCGGCUGCAGGAAGACGCCGAGGUGAAGAAGGUGAAGAGGAGGCCCGGCGCCGAGGACGAGGGGCAGCCGCCAGAGCUGCCCCUGGACCCCAACGAGCGCUGGGUGCACGGAGCCUGUGCCGUGUGGACCAGCGGCAUCUACCUGGCCGCCGGCAAACUGUACGGCCUGCGGGAGGCGAUGGAGAUGGCCAGCGAAAUGAGAUGCUGUAAGUGCGAACAGAGCGGAGCCACUCUCGGCUGCUACAACAAAGGCUGCCUUCAGAAAUAUCACUAUAUCUGUGCCAUGGAGUCAGGUUGCCAAUUAAGCGAAGAGAAUUUUUCAAUGAAAUGCUCAAAGCACAAGGGGGCACCAGCGAAGACUCUAUAACAGGAGGAGAAGUCCGCUGCCAAGAUAACAAAGGGGGUGAAAUGCAAACCACAACCAACGAUCAACGGAUUAGAUCAUGUCAACAGAUGGGAGGAUCUGAUGCCAAGAAGCAUUGAUCUGUAACCACAACCUCGGAUUGUGCUGAGUCCUGGUGAAUAUACUUUCCCCACGGAAACACAAUUCCUUUUUUUCUGAGGGGACAGGGUCUGGCGGGGGCGGGAGGGAGGGGCAAUCAAACAACAAGCUGCCUGUGUCAAGAUGAUUCCAGAUUGUCAAAACCAUGGAUUGUCUUAAUGUAAACUGUGUAGAUAAUUUUAUCAGGUGGGUCAGUGACCAGAAUGUCACGGAUUGUGGAAGAUUGUACCAAAUUGGAGAAUGAAGGUGUUUUGAUUUUAAAAAGUAAAAGAAAAAAAAAGGACAAAUCAGGAGUAAGCAGAUGCUGUCUAACAUGUCUUGGAUGGAAUGAACACACUGAAAUAAGAGAUUUAACUGAAUGCCUUGCCAUUGGUUUCCUGAACCAUGUUACAGGAACUUUUGGCACUGUACAGACAAAGCAUUUAUAUAGCGCCCUUCGGGGGUGGUGGGCGGAGGAGCGUCUUGGAGCACUGAACGAUGGCAGAGUUUGAUGGCAAACAGAGUCCUCGCUGCCUCAUUAUGUUUGCACAGGGGAGGCUGAGUGAGUAAUUAACAAGGAGGGGCUUCAGGGGACACAGAGCAAGGCCGGGAUGCACCGAGUAUUCUGUUUUAACACUCAGAGCAGUUUGCUGGAAUUAAAGCUUGUUUUGGGGGCAAAAUUAUUCCCCCCCCUCCCCGUGGAGCAAUUUUGCAGAUAUUGGAGAGUGGGGGUGGGGUGUAUCAUUUGUACUGCUGUCUGCGCACCGGAGUGCAUUGAGGUUAGUACUUGAAACCCACUGGGACCAGAGUGUGGGAAUCGUGAGACAAACACCCACCCACCUGAGCGAGACAUACUUCAAGCUUUUUCUUUCAAUGUGUAAUGUAAUGUAAUGUACAUGUCUCUGUAAUGCAAUGCAAUUUUUAGGAAUAAAAAGUUGAAGAAAGCA